CCGACUCGCAGGACCGGGGCCCGGCCGCGCCGUUGGGGAGCGGGCCCCGCGGGGCGGGGCGGGAGCCGCCGCGGAGCCUUCCGGCCACCGCGACCAUGUCGGACCCGGCGCCCAAAGUUCCCGAGGAGAUGUUCCGAGAGGUCAAGUACUACGCGGUGGGCGACAUCGACCCGCAGGUUAUCCAGCUUCUCAAAGCUGGGAAAGCUAAGGAAGUGUCCUACAAUGCGCUAGCCUCACACAUAAUCUCAGAAGACGGGGAUAACCCUGAGGUUGGAGAAGCUCGUGAAGUCUUUGAUUUACCUGUAGUUAAGCCAUCUUGGGUGAUCUUGUCCGUUCAGUGUGGAGCUCUGCUGCCAGUAAAUGGUUUUUCUCCAGAGUCAUGUCAGAUUUUUUUUGGAAUCACUGCCUGUCUCUCCCAGGUGUCGUCCACAGACAGGAGCGCCCUGUGGGCUUUGCUCACUUUCUACGGGGGCGACUGCCAGCUGCAUCUCAACAAGAAAUGCACACAUCUGGUUGUUCCAGAACCAAAGGGGGAGAAAUACGAAUGCGCGUUAAAGAGAGCAAGUAUCAAAAUUGUUACCCCUGACUGGGUCCUGGAUUGCAUAUCUGAGAAAACCAAAAAGGAUGAAGCAUUUUAUCAUCCUCGACUGAUUAUUUAUGAAGAGGAAGAGGAGGAAGAAGAAGAGGAGGAGGAGGUAGAGAAUGAGGAACAGGAUUCCCAAAAUGAGGGUAGUACAGAUGGAAAAUCCAGCCCUGCCAGUUCUCAAGAAGGCUCUCCUUCAGGGGACCAGCAGUUUUCACCCAAAUCAAACACUGAAAAAUCUAAAGGGGAGUUGAUGUUUGAUGAUUCUUCAGAUUCAUCACCUGAGAAACAAGAGAGGAACUUAAACUGGACCCCUGCCGAAGUCCCACAGUUGGCCUCAGCAAAACGCAGACUGCCCCCGGGAAAGGAGCCUGGGUUAAUUAACUUAUGUGCCAACGUGCCGCCAGUCCCAGGCAACAUCUUACCUCCCGAGGUCCGGGGUAACCUCAUGGCUUCGGGACAAAACCUCCAAAGUUCUGAAAGAUCAGAAAUGAUCGCUGCUUGGAGUCCUGCUGUGCGGACGUUGAGAAACAUUACUAAUAAUGCUGAUAUUCAGCAGAUUAGCCGACCGUCAAAUGUAGCACAUAUCUUACAGUCCCUUUCUGCACCUACAAAAAACUUAGAGCAGCAGGUGAAUCACAGCCAGCAGGGCCACGCGAAUGCCAACGCAGUGCUGUUCAGCCAGGUGAAGGUGGCUCCGGAGCCACACCUGCCACAGCAGCCACCACAGCCACCACCGCCCCCACCGCCACCGCAUCCAGUGCUGCACCUUCCCACCCAGCAGCUCCUGCAGCUCCAACCGCAGCCACAGAUCUCCCAGCAGCCUUACCCUCAGCAGCAGCCACACCCCUUCCCCCCACAGCCGCUGCCCUUCCCCCAACAGCCCCUGCACCGGCCCCAGCAGCCCCUGCAGCCCCUGCAACCACAGCAGCAGCAUGCCCUGCAGCAGCAGCUGCACCAGCUCCAGCAGCACCAGCUCCAGCAGCAGCAGCUGGCACAGCUCCAGCAGCACAGCCUACUGCAGCAACAACAGCUUCAGCGUCUGCAGCAGCAGCAGCAGCAGCACGUGCAGAGCCAGACACCCCAGCCCCUGCCACACCAGGCACAGCCCCCACAGCCCCAGCACCAGCCUCUGCAGCAGCCCCUUCAGCAGCCUCCGCAGCAGCACCAGCCCCAGCAACCCCUACAGCCCCCACAGCAACCACAGCUCCAGCUCUUCGGACACGACCCAGCAGUAGAAAUUCCAGAAGAAGGCUUCUUACUGGGAUGUGUGUUUGCGAUUGCGGAUUAUCCAGAGCAGAUGUCUGAUAAGCAGCUGCUGGCCACCUGGAAAAGGAUAAUCCAGAUGCAUGGCGGCGCUGUGGACCCUACAUUCUCAAGCCGGUGUACACACCUUCUGUGUGAGAGUCAGGUCAGCAGUAUGUAUGCACAGGCGAUCAGGGAGAGGAAGAGAUGUGUCACUGCGCACUGGCUGAACACGGUCUUGAAGAAGAAGAAACUGGUGCCGCCUCACCGUGCCCUGCAUUUCCCGGUGGCAUUCCCCCCCGGAGGAAAGCCAUGCUCCCAGCACAUUAUUUCUGUGACUGGAUUUGUCGACAGUGACAGAGACGACCUGAAGCUAAUGGCUUGCCUGGCGGGCGCCAAGUACACAGGCUACCUGUGCCGCAGCAACACGGUGCUCAUCUGCAAAGAACCAAUUGGUUUAAAGUAUGAAAAAGCCAAGGAGUGGAGGAUACCCUGUGUGAAUGCCCAGUGGCUUGGCGACAUACUCCUGGGGAACUUCGAGGCGCUGAGGCAGGUGCACUACGGCCGCUACACGGCGUUCAAUCUGCAGGAGCCAUUUGCCCCGACGCAGCAUCUGGUUUUAAAUCUUCUGGAUGCUUGGAGAGUCCCACUGAAGGUGUCGGCAGAGUUACUGAUGAGUAUGAGACUACCUCCCAAACUGAAACAGAAUGAAGUGACCAACAUCCAGCCUUCUUCCAAAAGAGCCAGAAUCGAAGAUCUGCCACCUCCCACUAAAAAGUUAACACCAGAAUUGACUCCUUUUGUGCUUUUCACGGGGUUUGAGCCUGUCCAAGUCCAACAAUAUAUUAAGAAGCUCUACAUUCUCGGGGGCGAGGUUGCUGAGUCCGCGCAGAAAUGCACACACCUCAUCGCCAGCAAAGUGACGCGCACCGUGAAGUUCCUGACGGCCAUCUCUGUGGUGAAGCACAUCGUGACCCCAGAGUGGCUGGAGGAGUGUUUCAAGUGUCAGAAGUUUAUUGAUGAGCAGAACUACCUCCUCCGAGAUGCCGAAGCUGAAGUGCUGUUCUCUUUCAGUCUGGAAGAGUCCCUGAAAAGGGCGCACACCUCCCCCCUCUUCAAGGCGAAAUAUUUUUACAUCACACCUGGAAUCUGCCCAAGUCUUUCGACCAUGAAGGCGAUCGUGGAAUGUGCAGGAGGACGAGUGUUGUCUAAACAACCAUCUUUCCGGAAACUCGUGGAGCACAAGCAAAAUAAGAGUUUGUCAGAAAUAAUUUUAAUAUCCUGUGAAAAUGACCUUCAUUUAUGUCGAGAAUAUUUUGCCAGAGGAAUAGAUGUUCACAAUGCAGAGUUCAUUCUCACUGGAGUGCUCACACAAACACUGGACUAUGAAUCAUAUCCUUUUCGAAAGCCGCACACCACUGAUAGCAAAGCCGUAUGUGUUCUGUGAUAGAAGGCCUGUUGAGUUUUUGCAGAGACUGUACUUAUAGGAGCAUUUUCUUUAUAGUUUGUACUCUUCCAGAGUUUUUAAAAAUACUAAAUGUCUAUCCUGUACUACUUUGAGAAAGAACAACUGCUUUGGGGUGAUUUAUGGGUGUCCUCUCAGGGACCUUUUUUCUCUCCAUCUAGAAACAGAAAGGAGCCUGAUUUAAUUUUGUUCCAGGAGGAUGGGUCAGAACUGCAGGGGUUGGCAGGUGCUCUGGAGGAUCCAGGGAGGGAGGACUUGUCUGUGGUGGGGGCUCCAGGGCCAGCAGCCUGCGCUUUGUACCUCGUAGUUGAAAGGAGAAUCAGCCACGACAGGGCCUCAGCUUUGCAGAGCAGAAUCGCUUCCGAGCAUGUGUGCCAGGUCCCACCACCGCAGAGGGUCUGCUGCGCUCAGGCUGCGGGAGUUCAGUGCAGGGGCAUCC